AGUCAGUCACAAAUUUUACAAAAUCACCAACAACAGUUUUACACUAUGGACAAACAGGGGAGCCAUAACAAUUCGAAAUAGAAUGCAAUGUGCAAGCAAAUGUUUGACCAUGGACAGGUGCAAGGCGUUCACAUUUGUGAGACAGACUGCGUCAUGCACUUUAGGAUUCUGUGCCCAGUUGUCUUCCGUUGCACGAAGUCAGAUCGUUGAGCUUUAUCAGACAGAGCUUGAGAAGUGCAGCAGUAGUCCAGGGUUCAGAUACUGGUCUUAAGGGAAAACAGUCGCUUGUGUGUGGCAGUCGACUGAUAAACUCAACGCAGCAUACGCUACAAUGGACUGUGCAGCCAAGGGUUCCGUUCUGUACAGCAUGAAAAGUCUUGAGAAACUUUAUAUUGCCCGGUGGCUGGGUGGCACUUAUUUUGUAGGUCUUAACGACAUCAACACAGAAGGGACGUUUGUGUUCAACGUAGAUGAUACUGACAUCGACAAUAAUCUGAAGAUUCAACUGUUCGAUAAUAGCCAGCCUGAUGACUUCAACGGGGACGAGGAUUGCGUAGUUUACGAAGAAAACAGGCAACGUUUGAACGACAUUCCCUGCGCCUGGCCGCAAAAUUAUGUCUGUGAGCAACUCUGCUUUGUGCCCUAGAAGCUGUUACAUAGCAGAGACUUUAUAUUGCCCGA